AUGGACACGUACGUCUUCGUCUACGGCACGCUCAAACGUGGCCUUAUCAACUAUGAACGAUACCUGCAUCCAGCAGAGCUCGCUGGCAAGGCUGAGUUCGUGGGGACGGGUCUAACUGCCUGCGCCGAGUUCCAUCUCGUUCUCAACCCAGAUCGCUCUGUGCCGUGUUUGUACCGGGCUCACACAGAGGGGUACCAGGUGCCUGGCGAGGUCUACCGCGUGGACGCGGAUGCGUUGGCGGCGCUGGACAUUCUGGAGGCUGUCAAGGACAACUAUUAUGUGCGCGAGGAAAUCCCAGUGAACGUCGUGGAGGGCGAACUCAAGCACCAGACGGUCAACUGCCAAGCAUACAUCAUGCCUAUCCGAGAGGACCUGCUCAAGCUUGAGCGCAUCCCUAACUACACGGCGCUCAUGCACAAGACGUACCGCUCACGCACUGAGACGCCCAACCUCGAGGUGCUCAAGUGUCUGUAUGGGGAGGAAGUGACGGACGCAGUACAGAGUAAGCUGAACGAGGGGAUGAAGUUCGAUGGAGCCUGGAAGGCAGUCGUGGGAGCGUAG